GACUUAUAAAAUAUAAGCCGAUAUCACUAGAGCGUUCUCGAAGAAGAUAACGAAAUUACCGUCGUGGCGGCAUUGGGGGAUCAGAGGAUUCGGAAAAAAUCACUAUGGCUUCUCGAAUUCUCGCAGCCGCUGCAGAGAAGAUCGGAACAGCAGCAGCGAAGCGCCAAGCGCUGACGUUGACGGACGCUGCCGCCGCCAGAAUACGCAACCUGCUACAGCAGCGCCAGCGGCCCUUCCUCAAACUGGGCGUCAAGGCUCGCGGCUGCAACGGCUUGUCGUACACUCUCAACUACGCAGAUGAGAAAGGGAAGUUUGAUGAAUUGAUUGAGGACAAGGGUGUGAAGAUACUGAUUGAUCCAAAGGCCCUCAUGCAUGUAAUUGGGACCAAGAUGGAUUUUGUAGAUGACAAGCUCAGGUCUGAGUUCAUAUUUGUCAAUCCGAACUCUAAAGGGCAGUGUGGCUGCGGUGAAUCUUUCAUGACAACUUCCAAUCCUCCAGCUGCAAAGCAGGGCACUGGUUAACACUUAUGUUGAACUUGUGAUGGAUCAAGACUCUAAGGAACCCUUCAUUUUAUACUUCUAUUACUCCCGUUGGUGACAUCUUGUAGCAGCCACACUAACAGGUCCUUCAGUGUAUACAUUCUUCUCUGAAACCGAUGCUAAUUGGGCUUACAAGAACUUUCUAUAAUCCUGCCAUAUAUGCUUUGCUGAUGUAAAUGUUAUAGCGGAAAGAACUGGAACGUCUUAAAGCAGUUGUCAUGUAAAAUCUGUUUGAAAUGAAACUGGUUUUCAUUACCA